UUGGCGGCCAGCUCCUUGUACCCGUUGGCGGGCGGCGCGGCCUCUAUCGGCAGCUACUCUACGUGCGCACUCACCGAGUCGUGGCGGGGGUGUCAGUUGGCGGCCAGCUCCUUGUACCCGUUGGCGAGCGGGGCGGCCUUUAUCGGCAGCUACUCUACGUGCGCACUCACCGAGUCGUGGCGGGGGUGUCAGUUGGCGGCCAACUGCUUGUACCCGUUGGCGAGCGGGGCGGCCUCUAUCGGCAGCUACUCUACGUGCGCACUCACCGAGUCGUGGCGGGGGUGUCAGUUGGCGGCCAGUUCCCUGUACCCGUUGGCGGGCGGCGCGGCCUUUAUCGGCAGCUACUCUACGUACGCACUCACUGAGACGUGGCGGGGGUGUCAGUUGGCGGCCAGCUCCUUGUACCCGUUGGAGAGCGGCGCGGCCUCUAUCGGCAGCUACUCUACGUGCGCACUCACCGAGUCGUGGCGGGGGUGUUAG